AUGACCGGCGAGGGUGGCCAUAACCGCAACUGGGCAUGCGGGUGCAAGCCAGGAGUCCUUGGCCCACCUGUAUCGCCUAUCCCUCCCAUGCUGCGAUCCACCAUCGAGCAGCUCGGCUAUGGCCCACCCCUGUCGUGGAAAUUAGAACAAGAUUCCCUCCUGACGAAGCUAGCACUGAAAUGGACAAUGAAUACCGGACAACCCUCGAACACGUUAGCAAUGUUUCCUCCUCCUCUGAUGACCGCCAUCGCCUCGUUGCAAUCCUCGCCUGCCUCUUGGUCUUUGGAACAAGUUAACAACCACCUCCUCUGCUGUUUAACCUGGACCUUUACACCUCCAUCUCCUCCGUCUACAGCCACAGCCUCGACGCUCAACGACUCCGGCUAUCUCUCCUCGCCUGAAUCUCCUGCAUCUCCCACCCGAACGAACACUCCAGACCUUUCACCACUACGCCUCGAUUUCCCAUCUCCAACCGUCGACAGCCUGAAGCCAUCCACGAACCUUAAUAAACAAACACAGGAUGCCUCCACUGCCACCACCGCCGAGAUGACCGCCACAACCUCCUCACAAACUUCUCCACCAACCGCCAUGGAAGCCAGUGCCCAGACAUCCACGAACCCUAACAAACAAACCCAGGAUGCCUCCACCGACCCCAUCGCAGUUACCCUCGAUACAUCUUCCGCCUCCUGCCAAACCUCAACUCCAGCUACUUUGGGCAUUGGUGUCCAGACAUCCACAUUUACCCCAAACACAUACCAGGAUGCUGCCACCUUGACCACCGGACCUGUUGUUGUUACCUCCAGCUCUCAAACCCUCCAACCAGUCUCCAAAGAUUCCACCACGCAAACCCUCACCGCAGAUCCUGCACCUACCACCAAUUCCACCAGUACCCAAGCUUCCUACACAUUCAUCCCAGCCUAUGAACCACCAGCCACCAAUAACUCCACCACCACCGCGAGAAAGAAGAAAAAGAAAGGAAAACCCGCUCCAGUAUCCUCCACCGAUGUUGCCACAGAGUACGACCCACCUACCACUCAAUACCGCCACUGUCGCCUCUGCCACAACCCGAACUUUGACGAUACCAGAGCAAUCGCCCACCUCCUCACGUGUGAUGACCUCCCACGACACCUGCUACACUACCGCACCACCUUCUUCCAGCAACAGUCCCAAAUCACCGGCAUCCCGAUUGAAUCCCUCCAAACCCAAACCGCCUUAUUCCUCACUACCCACCGGAUCGACAACCCAGACCCUGAUGACACUCAUUCCACCAAAGACUACCUCAUCGGACAACUCUUCCUAAGCGCCCUACCAGAAUUCCAACAAGUCGAGCACUACCACGCCACCCUGUGCAAAUUCACACACCACCUUGUCAGCGCAACCCUAAAACACGUCCACCUCGAUCCCACAGCAGACCACCAGCAGCUAUUUUACCUUCACGGCGUUGACCCCCUCCAUGACGAUGAUGAACCCGACCAUCCCCACCACCCGUUUGACCUCCUCGACCUUUAUCCCGACGACGAAUCCCACUACGAUGACGAUGAUGAAUGCUAUGGCUAUGAUGAUGAAUUUUAA